CGACCAUUGAUUGUUCUUUGUGGGAAGUGAAUGUCACAUCAUAACCAGCUUUGCUAAUAACGAAUUCUUGUUGAUCUCCUACCUACUCCCAGGAUCCCAGAUAUCUUAUCAUAUAAGAACUUUCAUCCAGUAAACUUGGUUGGAAGGCAUAAUAAACCCAUCGAUUGACCCUCGUGGUUGCAAAACGCAGAUUGACUCUCUAGUUUGUCUAGAUCUUCUGGAUUCUGUUCUUGAAUACCGGCGUCUUUAUUCUCGAUACUUGUCUCCCUUUAACGAAGGGAAAUCGUCUACUUUGUGGAUCUUUGCCAAGCCAACUUCCCCUAUUGCGAUCGCUUGGAAUCUGUCUGCUCCUCACCCUUCACGCUUGUAACAUCACAAUAAGAAAACAGCAAACUAAUGAUCUUACGCCAUAGGAGCCAGGGCCAUUGAACCAUCCUUUCAUAAUUGACUUGGCUGUUUGGACAGCUCAUCUGCGAAACAACUUCAGCCAUGGCAUCUAUGCCGCCGGCUGGGUCUUCUGCACCUUCGUCGAAUAUAAAUUCGCCAAUUUUGCCUCCCAGUGGAAUACCGUUUUUCAAUGGACCUUUAUCAGAUACGAAUACAAGAUCAUCACCUGCGCCCGCUAGCAAUGCGUCAGUGCAAGCUGACGGUCCAAGGACCAAGCGCAACAAACGUGACAGUCGUAAAAAGCGCGAGGCUAAGGGAUUGGAUCAAGAAAUCGUGCCCGCCAAAAAGAGAGCAACUGCUGUUCAAAAUACCGCUCUCCCCAGUUCGGACCUCAAUAUUCUCAGACCUUUGCUGCUUGCUGAGCCGAGGCCAUCCGAUUUACUACCUCCCCAGCCUCGCCAGCUAAAUUUAGUGAGUCGGAAAACAUCAGAGGUAAUUGGCCAGAGUUGGAGCUUCUACGAAGUCGUUGACAAGCUUACAAAUAAAAAUGGGUUCCGCUAUAGCUACGCCAUAGCCGAUACUAGCUUCCCACAUAUAAAAUACCGUCAGACCGAUGUUCGUCCUUAUAAUGCUCGCUUCAGCUUUGAGGAUUCACCGGCAGCGAUACUCUUUAAUGAAGACGCACUUGCCGUUACUACCACCGGACCGUGGCACACCGCGCGCGCUAAUGUAUGUGCGCGCGAAGGGACCUUUUACUACGAGGCGCGCAUCAUCAGCGGUGUAUUGAGUGACCCGCAGACAGCACCUGCCAACGGAAACUCUUGCAUACCAUCAAGAGGCCAUGUCCGUCUCGGUUUUGCCCGAAGGGAGGCAGAUUUGGAUGUCAACGUCGGAGUAGACUGUUAUGGUUAUGGGAUCCGUGAUGUGAAUGGCGAGGUGGUCAACCGGAUGCGCUGCGAAUACUUUUUCCCCAAAGGCGAGUCGAUCCGCGAAGGAGAUGUCAUUGGUAUGCUUAUCACUCUUCCGCCACUUUCGCUCCACAAGAAAAUCGUCGAAGGAACUUACGACCCUGCUACCAAUGGCAACGCUACGAUAGAGCUCCCCGUAGCUACAAACGUUAUCCGUGACCGGAUCCCUUUCCACUACAAAUCUGACUUCUGCUGGCAACAAUCGAAUGUUUUCCCCACAAAACAGUUACGUGAUUACGCCUUCAAUCUUAAAGAAACGCCUACGUUCGGACCACCGUCACCGAUGAACACCGAGGAUGCAUCUUUGCGUACACUGCCUGGUUCGAGUAUCACAAUAUUUAAGAAUGGCGUGAAAAUGGGCACUGCAUUCAAGGAGUUGUAUGCUUUCCUUCCACCGGCCAGCCGACUUGCAAAUGGGACCAAUAACUUAGGACUUGGCGAGCGUGAGAACGCGGAUGACGGAAUGAUCGGAUAUUACCCGGCUGUCAGUUGUUACGGGGGGGGUGCAGUUGAAUGCCGCUUCGAAGGUCCCUGGUGGAUUGGACCUCCUCAAGCAGAGAACGGCGAGUUGAUUCGGGGGAUUGGGGAGCGCUUCAACGAGCAGAUAGUCGAAGAUGUUGUUGCUGACAUCGUUGAUGAGGUUGAGGCGAUGCUCGUUUGGGGUGGGGUGGACGGUGACGUCGUCGGCAAUGCCCAGAUGGAUGGCACUGGUACUGGGGCCGUAGGAGGCUCAGAGGUCCUUAAGGGAGGUGUGGGGGCUGCGUAUGAAUCCGCCAUCUCUGCAGGUCCUGGAACGGGCCCUUCCACUGUGGAAAAUAGUGUCGGCAACGAAGGCUCCCCUGAUGUUGGUACUGGACACUCUACCGUUGAAGAUGCGGCCAGUGUUGGUGUAGUAGGUACACCGAAUACAGAACCCGCUGCUGGGCCUGAAAAUACCACUGUGGGCCAUGAUAUUGAGAUGUCUUGAAUCAAGCAUUGUUCAUUUAACUUGCUUUAUUGGUCCGUAUGAGGGCGACUGGCAUAUGUGCAUUUGGCAGCGCACCUGCUUCACCCCUCCACCUCUUUGAAUAGGGUAUAAUUUGCAUUUCCGGAAAUUUGGACCCAUGUAUAUUAUUUGGAAUGUGUUGGUUUGAUAAGUUGCCGCAAACAAGGCACCAAACUUUGAAUAAAGCUUCCAUGUUCCUGCUACAUCUCAUAUAGCCCUACAUAUACCCAAGACACAAGUCAAAGCGUGAUUUCUAGCACAACUGAAUGA